UGGUUCUUCACGUAUAUUCCAAGGCGAUUCUUAACUCUGAAUCAUCAAAUGGCUAUCUAAGCCCGGAAAAAUCAGACCUUUUGCUCCGAAAACCGAUAAAGAUGGGAUUUUUCUUGAUGAUUAGAGGUAAUUCAUUGGUGAAAUCGGUGAUGGCUGUGGUAUUGUGUGUUUUUGUGAUGUGGGUUGUGCCCACGAAUGGUGCGGGUAGAGGAAGAAUUCCUAGAAACUCUUCUUCUUCGCCGUCAUUUUCGAGGAGGCCGAGCACUGUGAAUGUCGGGGUUCUCUUCACGUACAAUUCUUUCAUUGGAAGAGCGGCUAAACCCGCGUUUGUGGCGGCCAUGGAUGACGUUAACGGUGAUCAGACAGUUCUCAGUGGCACCAAACUUAAUCUUGUCUUCCACGACACGAAUUGCAGCGGAUUUGUCGGCACCAUGGGAGCUUUGCAGCUGAUGGAAACAGAGGUGGUUGCAGCCAUUGGUCCACAAUCUUCAGGAAUUGCUCACAUUAUCUCCCACGUUUCAAAAGAGCUCCAUGUACCUCUCUUGUCAUUUGGAGCCACCGACCCGACUCUCUCCUCUCUCCAAUACCCGUAUUUCCUUCGCACCACUCAGAACGACUGCUUUCAGAUGAAUGCCAUUGCAGAUUUCGUGUCCCACUUCGGAUGGAGGGAAAUCGUUGCCAUCUUCGUGGACGAUGAGUAUGGCAGGAAUGGGAUAUCUGUUCUUGGUGAUGCCCUGUCCAAGAAACGAGCCAAGAUCUCUUAUAAGGCUGGAUUUACUCCUGGAGCAGACAAAACCGCCAUUAAUGACCUGCUGGUUUCUGUUGAUCUUGUGGAAUCUCGUGUCUACGUUGUGCAUGUGAAUCCUGACUCGGGUUUAACCAUAUUUUCAACUGCCAAGUCUCUUGGGAUGAUGGGCAGUGGCCAUGUCUGGAUUGCCACCGAUUGGCUUCCGACAGCUUUGGAUUCAAUGGAGCCUGUGGGUUCUGACACAAUGGAUCUCUUACAGGGAGUGGUUGCUUUCCGACAUUACACACCAGAGAGCGAUAAAAAAUCACGGUUCAAGACGAGAUGGAUGAAUCUUGUCAGACCCAAUGGCUUCAAUUCUUAUGCGUUAUACGCUUAUGAUUCAGUCUGGUUGGUUGCUCGUGCUCUAGAGGCUUUCUUCAACCAUGGAAACUCGGUGAGUUUCUCCACUGAUCCAAACCUACGCCAGACAAACAGCAGCGCCCUGAAAUUAUCGACACUCGGUGUUUUCAAUGAAGGAGAGAGGUUUCUACAGAUCAUUCUUGGGAUGAAUUUCACAGGUCUAACCGGGCAAAUCCAGUUCGAUUCAGACAAGAAUCGGGUUCAACCUGCUUACGAUGUCCUAAACAUAGAAGGGACGGGUCCACGGAGAGUCGGGUACUGGUCAAACUAUUCGGGUUUCUCACUCGAGCCACCAGAGAAGCUGUACUCAAAGCCUCCAAACUCCUCCGCAGCCAAUCAACGGCUUUAUGGCAUCAUCUGGCCAGGUGAAGUAACUCAGACUCCACGUGGAUGGGUGUUCCCAAACAAUGGGAAGCCACUCAGGAUCGUGGUUCCUAACCGUGUGAGUUACAAAGACUAUGUCUCCAAGGACAAGAACCCGCCUGGUGUUAGAGGCUACUGUAUCGACGUGUUUGAAGCCGCCAUUACGUUGCUUCCAUACCCUGUUCCUCGUACUUAUAUCCUCUACGGAGACGGGAAGAAAAAUCCGUCAUACGAUGAUCUUGUCUAUGGAGUUGCUGCAAAUAGCUUUGAUGUAGCUGUUGGGGACAUCACCAUUGUCACAAACAGAACAAGGGUCGUAGAUUUCACGCAGCCAUUUAUGGAGUCAGGGUUGGUGGUGGUGGCUCCGGUGAAGGGGGCGAAGUCGAGUCCAUGGUCGUUCCUAAAGCCGUUCACUUUAGAGAUGUGGAUUGUCACUGGUUCCUUCUUUCUCUUCGUCGGAGCCAUCGUUUGGAUUCUCGAGCACCGUUUCAACGAGGAGUUCCGGGGCCCGCCCAGGCGACAACUCAUCACCAUCUUCUGGUUUAGCUUCUCAACGAUGUUCUUCUCUCACAGAGAGAACACAGUGAGCACAUUGGGGAGAUUGGUGCUAAUCAUAUGGAUGUUCGUAGUUCUGAUAAUCAACUCAAGCUACACAGCCAGUCUUACUUCAAUCCUCACCGUGCAACAGCUCACAUCACGAAUUGAAGGAAUAGACACCUUGAUAUCGAGCAGCGAACCCAUCGGUGUCCAAGAUGGAUCAUUCGCAUGGAAGUACCUUAUCAACGAGCUUAACAUAUCGCCUUCACGGCUUGUCUCGCUCAGAGACGAAGAAGAGUAUCUCUCUGCCCUUCAACGUGGUCCCAGAGGCGGAGGGGUAGCUGCCAUUGUCGACGAGCGUCCAUACAUCGAGCUCUUCCUGUCCAAUGCCAACUGCAAGUUUCGCAUGGUCGGACAAGAAUUCACCCGCACAGGAUGGGGAUUCGCUUUCCAGAGAGAUUCUCCUCUAGCUGUCGACAUGUCCACAGCAAUCCUGCAGUUGUCUGAAGAAGGGGAGCUUCAGAAAAUCCACAACAAAUGGCUUACGUACAAGCACGAAUGCUCCAUGCAGAUAUCGGAUUCCGAGGAUACCCAGCUCUCGCUGAAAAGCUUCUGGGGACUCUUUCUCAUGUGCGGCACAGCUUGCUUCCUCGCCCUCACCGUCUUCUUCUGCAAAAUCUUCUGCCAGUACCAGAGGCUAAGGCCCGAAGGCGGGAUAGAAGGGCGGGCGGGCGACGAGCCUGGACCUUCCAGAUCAAGGAGAGGCCUGCGAGCAACGAGUUUCAAGGACCUGAUCAAGAUCGCAGAUAGGAGGGAAGCAGAGAUCAAGGAGAUGCUUAAGCAGAAGAGUGGGAAGAAACUCAAAGGUAGCCAGAGUUCAGAUGGGAAUUCUCAUUCGAAAAACUCAGAAACUCCAUAGAUUCAACAAUUUGUUCGAUUCCUUCUAGUUACCAAGACUACGAGUAUAGAUACGUUACGUAGGGAGGUAAAUAGAUUUAUCUGUGACAUUUUGUAAAAGAAAAUGUUUGAGGGAAGAAGACGCAAUCGGUAGAGGGACCAUAACCCUGAUGGUUUCUACGAUGCAAGUCGAUAUCUUUUCUGAUUCCAGUCCCCUAAUCGAUUCGAAAUCCAGUGAG